AUGGGUGGACACUUUGUUCAGGGUCAUGUCGACACCACUGCGAAGAUCCUGUCGGUCACUCCGGACGGCAACGCGCUUACAUUCAGGCUCCAGCCCAGAGACAAGAGUAUCUUGAGAUAUGUUGUUGAAAAGGGCUAUAUUACGCUGGACGGUGCCAGUCUGACGGUGACGAAAGUUGUCGAUGGUGAGGAUGGCUACUGGGAAGUCAUGCUCAUCGCAUACACCCAAGAGAAGAUCGUCACGGCGAAAAAGAAGCCCGGGGAAGAGGUGAACGUUGAGGUCGACAUUGUCGGAAAGGGUCUGGCGGAGACUUUAGCAUCUUGGAGAAGAUAG